GUUGCGUUAAUAUAUUGAUAAUACUAUUUCAUCAAUAACUUUAGAUCUUGUUGUAUUGUAUAAAUUUUAUUCUGUUAGUUGUGCAUUUUUUAUUCAAACAUGAAUUCAAAAUUUUUAUCUAUAACAAUUUUACUAUCUUUUUUUGUACUAUCUGAAGAAUUAUCUUGUUUUGGAAAAAGAAAAGAUAAACCUGAAUGCCCCAUUUGUCAUUUUCCAUUAAAAACUACUACUACAGUUAAUUGUUGCUCCAGUAAGUUUUGUAAAAAAUGUCUUGAUGGAUGGAUAAAAGUAAAUAAGAAAGGAAAAUGUCCCGUUUGCCAUAAUCAUAUAGAUGUAUGUUUUGCUUGUGGAAAUAAAAUACCCGAACAAGAAGAUAUAUAUGAAAGAUUAUCUUGUCAAAAGAAAUUCUGUUCUAAAUGUUAUGAAUGGAAUAUAAAUAGCAGACUUUGCAAAGGAUGUAACAAAACAGGUUAUUUAUAUCAAACGAUCUCUCAAAAUAAAUUCGAAAAUCCUAGAAAGACAAAUGAAUAAUAUAAAUAAAAAAUAAAAUUUUUCAACAUUUUUAGAAGUCAAAAAUUAGUCAAAUAAUAUGUAAAAUAAACUUUUAAUUUCAUUAUUAAACUUUUUGCAAAUAAUAAUAGCUUUGUUAAA